UACUUCUCAAAUUCUAUGAAUCUACUGUGUUCAUCCUAUACAACUAAAUAUUUACAUGUUUGGUGUUGUAGGUGGUUAGUACAGUUCGGAGUUGGUUCAAUAGAUGAUAUAGUUUGUUCAAAAGAUGGGACCAGACGUAAGGGAGAGCCCUCUGCUGAAGAAAACCUUACUUGCGUAGCUGUUUUUGUAUUGGUGUAUUACUUUAUGAUGGCAGCCUGCGUUUGGUUCGUGAUAUUCACUUAUGCGUGGCACAUGAGUUUUAGAGCAUUAGGUAAAAUCCAAGACAGAAUAGACAAGAAAGCAGCAUACUUCCACUUAGUGGCCUGGUCGCUACCACUUGUGCUAACAAUCGCCACAAUGGCCUUCGGUGAAGUCGACGGCAGUAGCGUCACAGGCAUUUGUUUCGUCGGAUACGUCAACCAUCCUAUUAGAGCUGCUUUACUUCUCGCUCCAUUGUUUCUAGUGCUUAUGUUGGGCGGGUACUUUCUACUCAGAGGUGUAUUUUCGCUGAUUGCGGUGCGAGUAUCGAGUAAAGACGUGAUCUCACCUCGUGCUGCCAACAAGAUAAGGCAGACCAUCACCCGGUGUUCAUUAACCGCUGCGUUAGUGGCGGUCUUUAUAUGCGUCACCUUCGCUUGUCACGUGUAUGAAUUUCGCAACGCGGACUCGUGGAAAGAGGCUUUUAAACUUAACCUUAUUUGUCGUUUAGAAGCGCUAAAAGACCCCGGCAAAGAGUGUUCGAGCGGAUCGCGUCCGUCGGUGUCGGUGUUGCAGCUGCGGCUGCUUUGCUGCUUCGCGGCGGGUGCGCUCAUGGCCUCGUGGACCUGGACUCCAGCUGCUGCGGCAGCUUGGCGACUCUAUUUGGCCAGGAAAUGCGGUUGUUCAGUGGAAGCCGAAGUAACGAGACGCGCUCGUAAACAUGAACUUAUAGCGCGCGCGUACCGGCGUCGCGGCGAGUUCGCGGCGCGCGGGCGGCUGUCCAUUUCGCUGGGCGGAUCACGGCAGGACCCUGUCGGGCUCUGUAUGGACCAUACUUCGCCUCUUGAUUACCCUGAAGAUGCUAAGCCUGAAAGUGCGGAGUUGUCAUCAUCAUGGGCCGCAAAUCUACCGCGUUUUGUUCGCCGCCGCGAUGCACUAGUCCUUCCUGUCCACACGCACCAUUCUCUUAGUUCCACGCCAGAUCGUCGCAACUCACAAGAUUCGCAAAUCAGUAUUAGCCUCCGUCAUGUUUCAGUUGAAUCUCGUCGCAAUUCCCUGGAUAGUCAGCUUUCGGUCAAAAUAGCUGAAAUGAAAACGAAGGUAGCCCGACGCCGCACUAAGCAUAGUAAAGCUAAACGCAAAGCAAGAGCGGCAUCUGCACGGAAAGAAAGCACACCGUCCAUUGAGAGCCAAAUUAGUCGCUAUUGGUUGCAAGCUGUAGCUGCAAAUAACGACCCAUCUCGCGAAGAAGUGAAGUUUAGUUUCGAAUGAUCUUAACGCUAUGAUGCGUACGUAACGAACAAUACAGUAGUUAUUUUGUUACACUUACAGCCCGUGAAGAUGAGCUAGUAAGACGGCGUAACGAUACCUGAAGUUCUUUUUCUACGGUUUGAAAUACGGGAUUUAUAAGGAUAUGAUUUGCAUAUCGAGUAUUAUAUCAAAGAUUUGACUCUCCUCAUAUUGUAGGCUAGAGUAAUAAGUUGAUUGAAGUAGCUAAAAGGAAGUUCUGAAUAUUAUUGCACAAUGUUCAAAAGUAGAUCUGAAGUUUAUGCUUAAUGUUACAGUUAUUUUGGCGUGUAAUAGUUCUUUCUAUAUGGUAGCUUAAUUAUAAUUAAAAUGUUGCAAGACUGAUCAGAAUCUUUUAUAAAAACCUGAGGAAUUAAUUAUAUUGCAUUUAUCCAUCUGCUCUAUAAUUUUAUAGUUUUAUUAUAAUAAACCAGUGAAAUGUUAUCCAUGACAGUAAUGCACUUGUGAUAAUCUCGAACAGAUUUUGUGCCAUAAUGAAAUGUUGA